UAUAAACGCACCGCGAUACCAUUUCUAAACCAUUCGAGGCUUGGAACUUGAGGUGCGCUGGUGAAAAUGUCAGUGUUGAAAAAUUCUAUUAUUUACUUCCUACUCAUCUCAAUGGCUGUGAAUGGUAAGCACAAAAAAGGCAAGCCGAAAAAGUUUUUAACACCGACCGCUAAAGGCAUUCAAUGUUACAAUUGCCUAUCUUUCGACCAUCCCGGUUGCUGGGAUCCUGAUCACCCUGAUUAUGCUAACAUUACGGUGCCAAACAUAGACUGUUACAUCCCAGGCAUGGCGUUUCUAUGUAUCGUAAUCACUUCAGAAUCGGCAAAAUUAGUUGAAACCGGCCAAGAAAUCGGUCCAGUCAGAGCCCGGACGUGUGUACCAGCGAAGGAUUUCUCGAAGAAAACCGUUUCAUAUUCAAUGUGCAGCAAGCUUAGCAAAGAGCUGUCUGCUUCCGAAAUAUUCUCAAGAAUCGCCGUAACGAGACCACAGUGCGCGCUUUGCAAGAAACAUUUGUGCACGGAAGCAUCUCAUUGUUAAUCUUAUAAUCUUACAGAUGGUUAACUAAAGUUAGUGUAUUGGUUAAAAAAAAUACGGUCGAGUAAAAUUUUGUAAUCGCUCUGUAUUGUUUGUAAUACUAAACGCUUACAUCAUUGUUUAACAAACGAUGAAGUAAAAAUUCACACGAAAUGCAAAAAGUCGAAUUUGUUUUGAAACUUGAACCUUAAACGGUGUGAACCAUAUUUGGUUCUUUUUUAUUAUAUGGUUAGUCCAUUUUUAAUUUUGUUUUAGUUUCCCAGAUGUUUGAUAUUUCUGUCUUUCGUUAAUGUAAUUUAACGAAAAUUGUCAAAUUCCGUAAUAGCUUAUAGUAUUUAGAAUUAUAUAAAGUAGAAUAUUAAUUUAUAUAGUUAUGCGGAAAUAUCUUAUUGUAAAUAAAUAAGUUAUUUAAAUAAAGUAAACUGACUGUCACCAUAAA